GUCGGAGGACGGGGAGAGACCCCGAGACCCCCGGGGCACGAAGUUCCGAGCUAGCGGGUUAUGCCUCCGCCCUGUUGCCCUGAAAGCCGCAGCGACAGUGAAAAGGGCUAAGAUCUGGCCAUGAGCAGCGCCCCCCGGCGCCCCGCCUCGGGCGCAGAUUCUUUCCUCUCUCCACAGCAGGAGAGCUUAGGUGCUGGACCUGAUGGGUUCCCAGAGCACGAGGAGGAUGAACUUCACCGCACCCUGGGCGUGGAGCGCUUUGAGGAGAUCCUGCAGGAGGCGGGGUCUCGCGGCGGGGAGGAGCCAGGCCGCAGCUAUGGGGAGGAAGACUUUGAAUACCACCGACAGUCCUCCCACCACAUCCAUCACCCGCUCUCCACCCACCUGCCGCCGGAUGCCCGCCGCCGCAAGACACCCCAGGGUCCAGGACGGAAGCCUCGAAGGCGCCCUGGAGCCUCUCCCACUGGGGAGACCCCCACCAUUGAGGAGGGGGAGGAAGAUGAGGAUGAGACCAGUGAGGCUGAGGGGGCCCGGGCACUGACUCAGCUGUCCCCUGCCCCCACAUCCUCUUCAGUGCAGUUCUUUCUCCAAGAGGAUGAAGGCACUGACAGGAAGGCAGAGAAGACCAGCCCGUCUCCCCCUGCACCUCUGCCGCACCAGGAGGCAGCUCUCCGAGCCACCAAAGGGGCCCAGACUGGAGACCCAGCUGAAGAGGUGGUGGCGGUGGCCAGUGGCACAGCUGGAGGCGAUGAUGGAGGUGCCUCGGGACGCCCCCUGCCCAAAGCCCAGCCUGGGCAUCGCAGCUACAACCUGCAGGAGAGGAGGCGCAUUGGGAGCAUGACCGGAGGCGAGCAGGCCUUGCUGCCCCGGGUCCCCACGGACGAGAGCGAGGCCCAGACGCUGGCCACGGCCGACCUGGACCUCAUGAAGAGUCACCGGUUUGAGGACGUUCCCGGGGUGCGGCGGCACUUGGUGCGGAAGAACGCCAAAGGGCCAGUGCAGAGUGGCCGGGAAGGGCCUGGCCCCACGCCUCGGACCCGACCCCGGGCCCCCCACAAGCCUCACGAGGUGUUUGUGGAACUGAAUGAGUUACUGCUGGACAAGAACCAGGAACCUCAGUGGCGGGAGACAGCACGCUGGAUCAAAUUUGAGGAGGAUGUGGAAGAGGAGACAGAGCGCUGGGGGAAGCCCCACGUGGCCUCCCUCUCCUUCCGCAGUCUCCUGGAGCUCCGCCGAACCCUGGCCCAUGGGGCUGUGCUCCUGGACCUGGACCAGCAGACCCUACCAGGGGUGGCCCACCAGGUGGUGGAGCAGAUGGUCAUCUCCGACCAGAUCAAGGCCGAGGACAGAGCCAACGUGCUGCGGGCCCUGCUGCUGAAACACAGCCACCCAAGCGAUGAGAAGGAUUUCUCCUUCCCCCGUAACAUCUCCGCUGGCUCCCUGGGCUCCCUGCUGGGCCAUCACCAUGGCCAGGGAGCUGAAAGUGACCCCCAUGUCACCGAGCCUCUCAUCGGAGGUGUUCCAGAGACCCGGCUAGAGGUGGAGCGAGAGCGUGAGCUGCCACCACCUGCCCCGCCGGCUGGCAUCACCCGCUCCAAGUCCAAACACGAGCUGAAGCUGCUGGAGAAGAUCCCCGAGAAUGCGGAGGCCACCGUGGUCCUAGUCGGCUGUGUGGAAUUCCUCUCCCGUCCCACCAUGGCCUUCGUGCGGCUGCGGGAUGCGGUGGAGCUGGACGCCGUGUUGGAGGUGCCUGUGCCUGUGCGCUUCCUCUUCCUGCUGCUGGGCCCAAGCAGCGCCAACAUGGACUACCAUGAGAUCGGCCGCUCCAUCUCCACCCUCAUGUCCGACAAGCAAUUCCACGAGGCGGCCUACCUGGCCGACGAGCGGGAGGACUUGCUGACCGCCAUCAACGCCUUCUUGGACUGCAGCGUGGUGCUGCCGCCCUCGGAGGUGCAGGGCGAGGAGCUGCUGCGCUCGGUCGCUCACUUCCAGCGCCAGAUGCUCAAGAAGCGCGAGGAGCAGGGCCGGCUGCUGCCUGCAGGGGCAGGGCUGGAGCCCAAGUCCGCCCAGGACAAGGCGCUCCUGCAGAUGGUAGAGGCGACAGGUACAGCCGAAGACGAUCCCCUUCGACGGACAGGCCGGCCUUUCGGAGGGCUGAUCCGGGACGUGCGGCGCCGCUACCCCCACUACCUGAGUGAUUUCCGCGACGCGCUCGACCCCCAGUGCCUAGCUGCUGUGAUCUUCAUCUACUUCGCAGCUCUGUCUCCAGCCAUCACCUUCGGGGGGCUGCUGGGAGAGAAGACCCAGGACCUGAUUGGGGUGUCAGAGCUGAUCAUGUCCACGGCGCUGCAGGGCGUGGCCUUCUGCCUGCUGGGUGCCCAGCCGCUGCUGGUGAUUGGCUUCUCGGGACCCCUGCUGGUCUUCGAGGAGGCCUUCUUCUCGUUCUGCAGCAGCAACCAGCUGGAGUACCUGGUGGGCCGCGUGUGGAUCGGCUUCUGGCUGGUGCUCCUGGCACUGCUCAUGGUGGCGCUGGAGGGCAGCUUCCUGGUGCGCUUCGUGUCCCGCUUCACCCAGGAGAUCUUCGCCUUCCUCAUCUCACUCAUCUUCAUCUACGAGACCUUCUACAAGCUGGUCAAGAUCUUCCAGGAGCACCCCCUCCACGGCUGCUCGGUCUCCAACGGCUCAGAGACAGACAGCAGCGAGAAUACAACGUGGGCUGGGGCAGGGACUGCGCUGGGGCUGGGCAACGGGAGCACAGCUGGGCACCCAGGGCAGGGGCGGCCCCGGGGCCAGCCCAACACGGCCUUGCUGUCCCUGGUGCUCAUGGCCGGCACUUUCUUCAUCGCCUUCUUCCUGCGCAAAUUCAAGAACAGCCGGUUCUUCCCUGGCCGGAUCCGGCGGGUGAUUGGUGACUUUGGGGUGCCCAUCGCGAUCCUCAUCAUGGUGCUCGUGGAUUACAGUAUUGAGGACACCUACACCCAGAAGCUGAGUGUGCCCAGUGGCUUCUCGGUGACAGCCCCAGAGAAGCGGGGCUGGGUCAUCAACCCUCUGGGAGAGAAGAGCCCCUUCCCCGUGUGGAUGAUGGUGGCCAGCCUGCUGCCGGCCAUCUUGGUCUUCAUCCUCAUCUUCAUGGAGACACAGAUUACCACGCUGAUCAUCUCCAAGAAGGAGCGCAUGCUGCAGAAGGGCUCGGGCUUCCACCUGGACCUGCUGCUCAUUGUGGCCAUGGGUGGUGUCUGUGCCCUCUUUGGCCUGCCCUGGCUGGCUGCUGCCACCGUCCGCUCUGUCACUCAUGCCAACGCGCUCACCGUCAUGAGCAAGGCUGUGGCUCCUGGGGACAAGCCCAAGAUUCAGGAGGUCAAGGAGCAGCGGGUGACAGGGCUGCUAGUCGCCCUGCUCGUGGGCCUUUCCCUGGUCAUCGGAGACCUGCUCCGGCAGAUCCCCCUGGCUGUGCUCUUCGGGAUCUUCCUAUACAUGGGUGUCACCUCCCUGAACGGGAUCCAGUUCUACGAGCGGCUACACCUGCUGCUCAUGCCACCCAAACACCACCCGGACGUCACCUACGUUAAGAAGGUCCGGACUCUCCGAAUGCACCUGUUCACAGCCCUGCAGCUGCUCUGCCUGGCCCUGCUCUGGGCUGUCAUGUCCACAGCUGCCUCCCUGGCCUUCCCCUUCAUCCUCAUCCUCACAGUGCCGCUCCGCAUGGUGGUCCUCACCCGCAUCUUCACCGAGCGAGAGAUGAAAUGUCUGGACGCGGACGAGGCCGAGCCGGUGUUCGAUGAGCGGGAGGGUGUGGAUGAGUACAACGAGAUGCCCAUGCCUGUGUAGCUGCUCCGGGAGGGACAGCGAGGGACGGACGGACAGAGGGACCUAGACUGGUGGGGUGGUCUUUCUAGCUGCCUCCACGCCCUCCUUGUUUUUAUUUAAGUGAAUAAUUUAAAGUCCCCCCCACCCUGCAGUAAAGUGCUUCGGCCCCCACCUA